ACCAAACGUUCAGUUACUGAUUGUCCGUUACGGGGAGCGCGUGUCGCCUGCGAUACCGAGCCGGUGCGCGAGCGCAUACACGAUCCACAUUUAUUGACAUUUAACAAUUUGUUUGAUCAUCGAUUUGACAGAGACCAGUGUGUCUUUGGCAGUGUAUGUGCUUCUCAUUGGAUGAGUUGACCUGAUCAGCUGAAUCGAAACCCUACGAGUGCAGAUCAUCAGAUAUAGCAUGCUGACGAGGUGGUUGGCGCUGGCGCUGGUGGCGGCGAGUUAUCGCCUCGCCGAUGCCUGCACGUGCGCACCCGCGCAUCCACAGACACAUUUUUGUAACAGCGAUUUCGUUAUCGUUGGAAGGGUACAGAAAACAUUUCGAGGAAAAGACUUUUACGACGCAUACAAACUGAAGAUCCGAAACACUUACAAAGCGACUCCGAAAGCAAAGGUGGCCCUGCAAUCAGGCCGCUUACUCACACCGUCACAAGACUCUUUGUGUGGGGUGAGCCUACAGCCGAGGGAGACCUAUGUCAUUACAGGUCGAGUAGUUCAUUUAGAGGCUCAUGUGCAUUUGUGCAGCUUUAUCAGCAAAUGGCGUGACGUCACACCACGUCAAAGGAAAGGAUUCCGCCUCCUCUACAAACAGGCUUGCACUUGCAAAGUCCACAUGAACCGGCGGCGGACCAAGUCCCCGAACGCCUGCGUGACCGGCUACGACGAGUGCUACGAGCGACAUGGCAUCUGUCUACACGACCGCGAGCAUCGGUGCCGUUGGACAAGGGCUCCCGCUCUCACGCGGUGCCUCCAAGCGACGCGCCUCAACAGCACUAUGACUUGAUUUACCCACUAAGUUGCACAAGUUUACUUUAAAUGUACCUUUUGAACAUCUCACGACGUCCGCGCGAAAAAUUACAAGUUCAUCCACAUUCAUCACUAAUCGUACGAAACGAAGCAGCUGUUAUACUAAA